ACGUGGAUGCUAACUUCGAUCCAGAGCAACAACACCACGCUAUUCCCUGCCGGUAGGCCGCCUAUCAAGAAUUGGGCUGGUUCACGAGCAACGCCAUUCCUUCGCUCUGGUUUCCGCCAUCACAAUUCUCGCUAUUUGUGCAGUUAUUGACCUCCGGGGAAUAAACGAUUCCGGUAAUAAGCUAAGUAUGGAACAUAUGCAUGAAGGCCUGAUUUCAGACGCGUGACGUUCUCGUUGGUGACUUCUGAGAGUAUACAUUGAAGACGAAACUUCAUAUGGAUUCCUGUUGUAUCGAUACCUUACGUCGAAGCCUAAGCAAGUCACGUCCGACAAAUUAACAAUGGCUCCUUCGCGCGUUGGCCCUCAUACUAUCCAAUGCCGAAGACUUCGAUCCUGGGCUUCUUCUCUGUCGAAUCUAGCCGGACGUGCACUUGGGUUGCCAAACCUUCCGCGGAGACAGACCACUGAAGACAUAAUGCGCUCUUUCUUGCACCAUUUUGACACCACUAACUUGCCACCUGUCGAGGAUGCCGCACUCGAAGAUCUUUGUACCAAAGAGGCUGAACGUCGAGGAUAUGCCCUUGAUGCGCUUAAGCCGUACCUAACGGUUGGGCUUAACAUCACUGCUUCGGCGUACCACCAUCUAGUCAAUGUUGACGUCAAAGUAUACAUCGUCUUCUUUACCGCGUUCGCCACAUACUUCGACGAUGUCUACCCUGAUGACCCCGACGCCCUCAUCGGUGUUCCUAAUUUUACCAAGUACUUUGCUUCCUCGGAGAAGCAGCCAACCAAGAUGCUAGACGACUUUGCUAACGUCUUAGCAGAAACCCCUCAGCUCUUUGGCGAUGUCGCAGCUGAUUUUAUUGUCCAAGCGGGCCUCAGGUUCAUCACUGGCUUGAUUUUAGAGAUACGCAGUAAAUCUGAACCGACUCAUAAAGUUGACAGAUACACCGUAUUUCUUCGCGAGCUCAGUGGAAUCGCUGAAGCCUACACCAUCUUUAUGUUCCCCAAAGACCUGCCGUAUAACCUAUACGUCCAAGCUCUUCCCCUCCUUCGUGACGUCAUCAACUUCACAAACGACAUCACUUCAUUCUAUAAGGAGGAGUGCGAAGGUGAAACGCACAAUCUCAUAUCUCUCUUGGCUGAAGCUCGCGCAGAGCCAAAGAGUGAGGCACUUCGCUACGUGGCAGAACAGUGCAUCCAGGCGCACGAGAGGGUCUUGUGUAUCUUGUCACCGCACCAAGAAGUGCGAAGCUCGUACGAAAAUUUCUUUAAAGGGUAUAUGGCGUUCUAUCUGGGAGCAAAGAGAUACAGGCUUAGCGAGUUGAACCUGUAGUUUGGCAUUCAAUCCGAAUGUGUAUGUUGAUUUUGGUGUGAUAACUGAGUUACG